GAUGGCGGCGCCCAUGUGCCGCUGAGAACGGCAGCAGGCCCCACUACCCUUUCUCAUCCCGAGACGCUGAAGGCAGCGGAGAGCGCGGCUUCGGGGGAUGGAGGGUGCGCGGCAGACGGCGCGGGAGACGGCGCCUCGGCCUCGGAGGCGGCGGGACCCGGGUCUCUGCGACCGUCCGCCGGCCCCUCGCCGCCCCCCGGCCUCUCGUGCGACUCGUCCGGAAAACGGUCGCCCGCUCCGGUCCCUACAUCGUGCCCCAGACGAACCCCGUCGGAAUCACUGGCCGCGACUCGCGCCAUCUUGGCCAUUGGCCGUGGAGGCCCCGAAGCAGCUCCUGCGCGUGCGCCGCGCUCCGACCUCGGGCUGCGGGGCGCCGGGAGCGGAAGUGCUCCGCUGACCCGAGGGCGGUGCGAGGUCGCGCCGCUUGUUGUCCUCCGACCUGGCUGUCGGGUUCUGGUAGCCAAGUACCGGGAGGCGGAGCAGGCACGGGCCGGAGGGCAGGUGGGGGUGAUAGGUUCGCGCCCCUGCGACCUCGGGGCCCUGGGCUGAGUGUGGGCGACGGGCCGGGGGCGACAGCCAGUGAUACUGGCAUUGAGUCGUUGGGUCAGGUUCAGCGGCCGUUUGCUGAGUGUCUAGUACGUGCGAGGCGCCCUUGGGUGCACGGUCAUCCUCCCGAGGGCUGUGAGUAGGUACUACGAUUGUCUUCAUUAUAUCGCGAGAAAGCAAGAACAGAAAGGCUCGUAGCCUGUCCAGAGUCACACGGCUAGAAAACCCCGGGAGAUCCUUCUAGCACCUAUGCGUUUCUAACGAACGUUCCCGAAAUGUAUCAACUUUGUGCUUGCUGUGUGCCUUCCCUGCUAGAACACAGCUCCGCGGGGUCGGGGAACUCUGAUUACUUUGUUCACUGAUGCACCUGCAACACGUUGGACAGGUCCACAGUAGGCACUCAACUUUUUCACUGAAUGAAUCAAAGCGACAGAGCGGGCAAUCAGUUCGAGUCCACAGCUGGGACCCUUAUGGGAUGACGCAGUGCUUAGCUCCUUGUCUGGUGACAGUUAGGCUGCUACUAAGCGUUUACUCUUAACACUGAAACGAGGCCUUGUGGCUGCUUCCAUAAAGUAUUCCAUCUGGGUUUUCCUCACUUUCACUGCCUCAGAGAGGUUGCUCACUGCAUCUCCUGUGCGGUCAUUGUUUCCAGGGUCAGGGCGCAUCAGUGAGACCACUGCUCACCUCCUGCGGGCUCCGGCUCAGCCGCCCCUGGGCUUCCUAGUCUACAGAAGAGCCAGUCGAGGCCUCAGAAGGUGAGUUCCCUGGGUCAGGGACAGAUGCGGUGCUGUGGCCAUGGUCCCAACGGAGAUGCGUUUGUCUCUGGAUCCUUUGGUCCUGCGUCGUUAGGAACAAGAGAGCUCUUAUCAGAGUCCUAGGAGGAGGAGCCUCAGCCCAGAGCCUAGGACAGAGGGAGGAGGCUCAUAGGACAGACCCAGAGCCCAGGGCCGAGGGAGGAGGCUCUCAGGACAGACUGACCCCAGCGCCGAGGGUGGAGGCUUAGAGGACAGCAGGUCGAAGAAGAGCUGGGCUUGGAGUGGCCUUUGUCCCUCCAGUGGAGAAAGACCAUGCCCACUGUGUGACUGUGGGAAGUUGGAUCCCAUUGGGGGAGAGAGACGAAAUGCACAGACAGGUGGAGUAAUGCUGCCGUGAGGAGGGCGGCCUGCUGUGGUGCCUGUGAGGGUCGGAUCAGGCUGACAGGGAUCACUGCCAGCUGCACAGGACUCUCUACUGACACUUCUGUGCACACAGCUUUUGCCAUUGGGUGUUUCUGUAUUUGAGUGAGCCCCAGAGUGAGAAUCUCCCACCUGCCGCUAGCAGAAAUGUGGACUCUCCCUCCAGUCUGACUCAAGUACAGAAUGCUCUUGUAUGGUUUUGUUUUUCACUUGGGAACAUUUGCAAGUGGUCCAGAGGUAUGUUGUCAGCUGUUUCUGCUGCCUCGUUUUGAUGCCACUGUCCCUGGGCCUGAGAGCCCGAGUCGUUCACCUGCACGGGGCCGAGGCCGUUGUCCCGAGGCCGCUGCAGGGGUUGCUGCAGUGACCGCAGCUACUCUGUGCAAAAGCUCCUUGCUGACACUUUCUUUAGAAAACCGCCAAGGCGGGAAGAGCAGGCAGUUGAAUGGGCAUCAUGGGAAAGGAGAAAGUGACAGGCCAGGAACUGGGUGGGGGCGGCCAGUGGAGGGCAGGGUGCACAGGGCGGCAGGGGCAGUGGUUUCCAGCUCCUUGUGGAACGACCGGUGCUGGGCUCCUCACCUGCCUCCCUGCCCCCGGCUGCCCCUCUGCCCCUUCUUCAACCCUAGUUUGUCUCCUUCCUGCAAACCGCAGCCAGGUAUCCCUGUCCUCCAGACUCUGCUAAGGGUCUGUCACUUUCGGGGCUCAGCGUAAUCACUGUUCAUUUCCGUUUUAUUAGUAAUAAUAGUCACAGUCAAAAAUGCAAGUUAACAAGGGGUGUGAGGGUGGCUCAGUUGGUUAAGUGUCCGGCUUUGGCUCAGGUCAUGAUCUCACGGUGUGUAGGUUCGAGCCCCGCGUCGGGCUCCCUGCUGACAGCUCGGAUUCUGUGUCUCCCUCUCUCUCUACUCCUCCCCUGCUCGCGCUCUGUCUCUCACUCCAAAAAAGAAAUACUAAAAAAAAUUUUUUUUAAAUGCAAGUAAACAAAACAAGAGGACCGCAAUCAUCAGCGAAAACCAGUAUCAACAUUUUAAUCACCGCUGUUCCUCAGGACGUACUUAUUGCCGAAGGAGUGAGAUUGCGUUGCACUUCCUUUUUUGUAACCUGCUCUUAAAUACAUCUCUGCCCUUUGUCUCGAGCAGAACAGGAUGGCCAUGUUCCAGAAGAUAAAUGAGACUCGCGAGUCACCGAAUAUGGAUCUAUGGAUCUGGCAAGCAUCGUUCUUCUGGAAUGUGGAUGUUCACCCAUCAGGAAGCUCCCAACCCCCGUGCCGCUGGGAUUUUCUCAAGCUCAGCGUCCCCUGCGAAGCCUUCUCCGCCAGCCCCACGCAGACCUGACUUCUUUCUGUUCUCUGUUCCCUCUGCUCCCCCCACCGUUGCCCUCAGAGGACAGGAGCCCACCCUGCUGCCCACCCUCCCCUUCAUACGAGUCCUUGACCUUCCGGGACGUGUUUGUGGACUUCACCCUGGAGGAGUGGCGAUGUCUGGACUUGGCUCAGAAGAACCUGUACAGGGAUGUCAUGCUGGAGAACUACAGCCACCUGGUCUCCGUGGGACAGCUAGUUCCCAAACCUGAUGUGGUCAUCAGAUUGGGACAAGGAGAAGAGGCCAGGACGGCAGAGGGAGAGACCCCGACGCGGAACCCUCCGGAAUUCUGGCAAGUGCAUGACCAGAUGGACAACCACAAGGAAAGCCAAGACCAACGUCUGUGGCCGACUGCGUUUGUAGACCAGGAAACACAGAAGGACCAAAGUGGCCAGGAAUUGACACCAUUCAGGACAAUCAUUUAUCCGGGCACAGACUUUGUUUCUAUAAGACAAAAACUCCCUAGAUAUUAUUCAUGGGGAAGGUGUUCAAAACAUAAUUUAAACUUGCUCUGUCAAAGCAGAAGUUCUGUAAGAAAGAAAGGUGAUGAGCGUAAGGCACAUUGGAAGUCGUGCUUCCACCCUAAUCUUUAUCCAGCGCAGCCUGGAGAGAAAUUCUUUGAGCCUAAUCAACGUGGAAAAACCCUCCACCAUAAGCAAGCCCUCAAUAAACCUCCAAGAAGUCAAACCAGGGAGAAACUCUUUGAGUGUUCUGAAUGCGGGAAAGUGUUUAUCCAGAAAGCCAACCUUGUCGUGCACCAGAGAACUCACACGGGAGAGAAGCCCUAUGAGUGCAGCGAAUGUACAAGAGCCUUCAGCCAGAAGUCAACCCUCAUUGCACACCAGAGAACUCACACAGGGGAGAAGCCCUAUGAGUGCAGCGAAUGUGGGAAAACCUUUAUCCAGAAGUCAACGCUGAUGAAACAUACGCGAACUCAUACAGCAGAGAAACCAUUCGUAUGUGGUGAAUGUGCAAAAGCCUUUAAGAGUUCCUAUCACCUUACUAGACAUGAAAAAACACACAUUAGACAAGCAUUUUAUGAAGGAGUCCACUGUGGUAAAUCUGGCCUUACGUACCCGAGGACUCAUAUGGGUGAGAAACCUAACUGUAAUAAACAUGGGAAACCCUCUGAUGAGAAACCCAACCCCAUUAAACACCAGAGAUCUCCUAUAAAAGAGAAGGCUUACGAGUGCAGUAAAUGUGGAAAAAGCUUCAGGGGGAAGUCCCACCUCUCUGUCCAUCAGAGAACUCACACAGGAGAGAAGCCUUACGAAUGCAGCAUAUGUGGGAAGACUUUCAGUGGAAAAUCACACCUCUCUGUCCAUCAAAGAACUCAUACAGGAGAGAAGCCUUAUGAGUGCAGAAGAUGCGGGAAAGCCUUUGGUGAAAAGUCAACCCUUGUUGUACAUCACAGAACUCAUACAGGAGAGAAACCCUACAAAUGCGGCGAAUGUGGGAAAGCCUUCAGCGAAAAGUCACCACUGAUAAAACAUGAGAGAAUUCAUACAGGAGAGAGACCCUACGAAUGCAGCAACUGUGGGAAAGCAUUCAGUAGGAAGUCAACUCUCAUUAAACAUCAGAGAAUUCACACAGGAGAAAAACCCUACGAAUGUAGUGAAUGUGGGAAAGCUUUCAGUGUGAAAUCAACUCUCAUUGUACAUCACAGAACUCACACGGGAGAAAAACCCUAUGAAUGCAGAGACUGUGGAAAAGCCUUCAGUGGGAAGUCAACUCUGAUUAAACAUCAGAGAAGUCACACAGGAGAUAAAACCUAUUAAUAUACCUGAGCGUGGGAGAAUUUCCCUAUUAUACCUCAUUAUAGAUCAGUUCAUCCUGGGGAGUAAUCUUAGCAAUGUCAAGAAUGUCAGAAACUCUUCAGAUAUUAAUGCUCCUUUAAUGUAAUAAAAGGUUCAAAAAUAUAAUUCCAGAAGCAUGUAAUAAAUGCGACCAGUUUUUCACCCA